CCAGGACCAGUAUCCCGUGGCUGGCUGGUGAUUUUCACGUAAAUCACCCUCCGUGGCAUCGAGUUAUCACCAGGCGGAUGACUUGCUGGAAUGCACCAAAGAUAUCGGUCCGUAAUUUAAUUUUCACCCACAUAUACCACCGUCAUGCUCCCCCGAAGGCGAAAAAAAAUAACCCUAGCACACUUCGCUUCGUGCAUAGAUCCGUCUUUUGUUUUUUUUCCAUCGAUCCCAUCGAACCGCAUUUCCUCCCCCCCCCCGGAAAGGGAAUGGAAGAGGCUGGGAUCGUCGCGGUGGGGUCAGCGCUCCGGGCCUACCGCCUCCUCAACGGGCUCUUCUGCGCGUACAAGCCGAGCGGGAUCGGGAGGAGGCAGAUGCGGCGGGUCAUCGGAGGGAAUCUCUGUCGGGACCUCAACGAAAUGCCGGUGACGGAAAGGCGAGAGAAGGUGAGGAUCGAGGGAGACCCCGUGGAAGGGGAGCUGACGGUCAGAUCCUACGCGAGCCUCUCGACUCAUCCGCUGGUGGUGGGACCCCGCUUCGUCCCGGAGGACUUACGCAUCUACGACACGUCGAGGUUGGAUUGGUGGUGCUCGGGGGUGGAGCUGUGGGGGAUCGGAAGGAGGGGGUGCGGGAUGGCGAUGGAGUACCACGAUUCGAGGCCGGUCAAGGUCUACGAGGUCGGGCUGAGGCUCGGGGUGGGGACGGACUCGUUCGACACCCAGGGGAAAGUGGUGGAGAAGGCGACGUACGGGCACGUGAGUCGGGUGAGGCUGGACUCCGUCCUGGCCGGGAUCCAGGCCGCCCACCAGAAGAACCAGUUCCUCUACUCCGGCGUGGACCCUCAGUCGCAGGAAGCGUUCGACCUCGCCUGCAAGGGACUCCUCCGCCCCGCCGGCAACUCCCCCCCGCUGAUCUACGGCAUCGCGUGCACGGAGUUCCGUCCCCCGGACGCCACGCUGCGACUCCAGUGCGUGAACGAGACCGUGACCCACCUGAAGGUGCUCGUGAACGACGUGGGUCUCGCGUUGAAGACGGUGGCGGCGUGCACCGGGAUCCGCUGCGUGCGCGUGGGGCCCUUCACGGCCGAUCACGCCCUGUUGAGGAAGCACUGGACCCUGGAGCACGUCCUCAAUAACAUCGGGGAGUGUCACAGACUGGUGGGGAAAGUUGGACUCAUGCCCAAGGAUUCACAACUCCGGCGGAUCGACCAAGGCACCUGA